CUGUGGGGGUUAGCAGUGCUGCCUCCUGGGCCAGGCCAACGGCCACUUCCCACCCUGUCCACCCAGCAACUUGAGGAGACGCCCUGCCCUGCCUGCUAGUGACAGCCCCUGCCCCAGCACCUUCCUCCCCUGCCAACCGCCAGGGCUCCUGGCCUGGGCUCCUUCCUCAGAGACAAAGGCCAGGCAGGCAGAAGCAUGCCCACAGACUCUGAUGUGCCCUGACAGGCCCCGGGGAGGCACCCACACACCUUCCCUUGGGUCCCUCCCUCGGGCCCUGCUCCUCACCUCCACUCCUGUUCCCAUUGGCGAAGACGACCUGGGGGGCCGGAGCUUGGCCUUUCUCUUGAUUCCAGGCUGGGGAGGUGGACAGGGUAAGGUGACCCUCCCCCCACAUGCAGAUGCGAUACCAGGAUAGAAGAUUUACCACGGAUGCCAGGCAACUUGGGUGACACCGUGGGGAGUAGGAAUCCCUCAGGUUGAGGCAAGUCAUCAGAGGCUGUGGAAGGGGCAGCGCCCCAGACUGAAGGAGGGACCCAGGCAAAGAGAAGAUUCUCAGAAGAGCCAAGUCCGGAAGAAUGAAGGCUCCAUGAGGGCACAUCCACAGGCUAACAGAUUCAACCGGUUUUACACUAGAUUCAUUACCUGGAUAAAUAAACAGCUACUGUAAGAUCGUGGUAUGCGUACGCCGGUGAAAACAACUAACCCAUGUGUGUGUUGGGCAACAAGGCUUGGCAUGUGCUGCAGGGAACCUCCGCUAGCCUUCUCACAGGGGCAUGGCCCAGGCUGGCAUUCCUUAAACCUGCAGUGCACAAUCGCGACCAUCUUCCCCGUCCACAUGUGUCUGAAGGGAAUCUAUGUGCUGGAAAGUGUUAGAAGAAAAGUUGGACGUGAUAAGGCCCGUGGUGGGAGAAGGUGUGAAAGGGGAACACUGGCAUCUGAUGCUCCACACCUUGGUCACUGGGCUCACAGGGUGGGUAGGCCUGACGGUCCGAGGCCUUGGGACCCUGCUGCUGCCUGGCCAGGCCCUGGCUGGACUCCUGCUGCGCCUGCUGCUGCCUGCGACCGUGUUCCUCCUGGCCCUGCUGCCAGCAGCCGCCAUCGUGUACGUGGGAUUCCUGUGCCACUCGAGGGUUCACCCGGCGCCCCGCCCCGCGUGCCGCGCGCUGCUCUCGGACAGGGGCGCCGCGGCGCUCAUCGUUCUCGGCUUCCUCUCGCUGCCUCCGCUGCUUGUGCUUGCCUCGGCCGCCCGCACCCGCCUCACCCGGAGCCUCCGCCCGCUGCUGCCGCCCCCAACUUGGACCCCGGGACCCCGCCGCCUCCCAGGGUCCAGCGACAGCGGGGGUGUGGGACGCCGCCCCGACGGGGAGGAGCAGUUCUGUGCCUGGGUGUGACCCCCCCCCCCGAGGCCUCUCCAAAGGACACGACCUCCAGAUCCCGGGAGGCCCCCUCCCCCCUCCCCCCGUGACCCUCAUAAGGGGGCCCCAGGCCGUCGAGCUCGGAGUCUGCGUCCAGGUUCGGUCCUCGGAAGUCGCGGGCACAUCUCGGGGCCUCGUGCGCAGUGCUCCGAGUGGCCGCGAGGUGGCACCUGACUCCCCCGCACCCAGGCCGCCCUUCCCCAAGGUGCCCCCCCCCCGCAGUCCCCUCUGACGGGGAGAGGCUGGGAAGCCCCCAGGGAGGAGCAGGGAGACGCCUCCCAGAGAAGGGGCGCGAGGCCAGGCUCAGAGGAAGGUGGCGUCUUGUCGCCGGGGCUGCUCGGGGCUCCUGCGCGCUCCCAAAGGGCAGCCCUGAGGCCCCGGUGUCGGGUGGGUCAGCGGUCCUCCGGAGGGUUCCCAAGUGGUCAGAGGGGAGACUUGCUGGGAGACUUGCACGAGGGCCCGAGAACGUGGCUCCAGAAGCUUGGCGAUGGCCAGCAAGCCCAGGGCCUGCAGGGCUCGCCUGACGCGGGGUCAGAGGAGCCACACUUAAGAACGUGGUCUGUUCUCACUGCAUAAUUUUAGGUCUUUGUCUUUUGCAAUCGCUGGCAUUAAGCAUGUUACUAGUCGUGGAUAUGUCCUUACUUGUCCGUUUGGUACACGCCGUGUUUCCUGUUCCUACAGAUCUGUAUCUUUCAUCGGUUCUGGAGAAUUCUCAAACACUAGGUCUCCAAGUCGCCUCCCGGUUCAUUGUACCCAGUCUUUCUAGGGACACCUAUGGAAUGAAGGCUUUGCCUUUUCCCUUCUCUUUCCAAGUCAA